UCUCUCUCUCUCUCUCUCUUACUUCACUCACUAUAACCCACCCUGGUUUGUCUUCCUCCAAUAAACAUUUUACGAACAAAUACACACUCACACUUGUGUUGUUGUCAAAGCUUUGUUCCUCACACUGCUUUGCCUAACGCUUCUUCAAUUGCUUCAAUCACUCACCCAACACUCUCAGAUCGGUGUCCCUCCCCUACAAACAGAGAUCCUAAUUUUCUGGGACAGGUUUGAAGAUUUGGAUCAGUUGCUUUCAAUCUUCUGGUGAGACUAUAAGAUAUAGUGAAUUUUAACUGAUCAUUAGUAAAUGGGGAUCCAAACUAUGGGGUCUCAAGGUGGUGGAGACAGUAAUGGAAAAAGGUCACAACUCCAGCCUUUGACGCGGCAAAACUCUAUGUAUGGUCUCACACUUGAUGAGGUUCAUAAUCAAUUAGGCGAUUUAGGGAGACCGCUUAGUAGUCUGAACCUUGAUGAACUUCUAAAAAGUGUGUGGACUGUUGAGACAAGUCAAUCCUUGGAAAUGGACAAUGAGGGCACAGCACAAGCUAAUCAAGCUGCUCCACAGCGUCAGGGUAGUCUGUCAUUAAGUGGUGCACUCAGCAAGAAGACAGUACAUGAGGUUUGGAGAGAUAUCCAACAAAACAAAGAUAGCGAAAAGAAGCCACGAGACAGACAACCUACAUUGGGAGAGAUGACGUUGGAGGAUUUCUUGGUGAAAGCAGGUGUUGUUGCAGACGCACCUUCAAAUAAAAAGAAUGAUGGUACUACUGCUGGGAUUGAUCCGAAUGUAGUAGUACCGCAGUUUCCUCCGCAGGGUCAGUGGAUACCGUAUCCACAACCACAAUAUCAGCAUCCGCAACAAAGUUUAAUGGGGAUUUAUGUGCCGAGCCAGGGUAUAGCACAGUCAUUACACAUGGGUGGUUGCGCUUCAUUGGAUGUUUCUUAUGCUGAUAACCAGGUGGCACUGCCUCCACCUCUGAUGGGAACAGUGUCGGAUACGCAGACACCCGGAAGGAAAAGGAGCGCUCCUGAGGACAUGGUGGAGAAGACUGUUGAGAGGAGGCAGAAAAGGAUGAUCAAGAAUCGGGAAUCUGCUGCCCGUUCAAGAGCAAGGAAACAGGCAUACACAAAUGAACUGGAGAAUAAAGUCUCACGUCUUGAAGAGGAAAAUGAAAGGCUGAGGAAAAGAAAGGAGCUUGAGCAGAUGCUUCCAUGUACACCACCUCCUGAACCUAAAUAUCAACUUCGCCGAAUAGCAUCAGCUCCACUCUGAGAUAUGUAACUAUAAGUCAGUGGUUUGUAGAUAUGAGUAUCAGAGAAUGCAUAUUUUGGUGUUUUUUGAGGUUGACACCUUCCUUCUAGUAUCAUGAGGUUCUUUAUAUCUCCUUUCUAAAGUCCUUCAAUGAAAGUUGUUGUCAGAUUUCAUUAUAUGAUCUUUAUAAUCAUGAGUUGAGGUUAUUUUA